AUGGGUGGCGAUCUGAACUUGAAGAAAUCAUGGCACCCGGGGUUGAUGCGCAACCAGGAGCGCGUCUGGUCGGAGGAGAAGCGCGCACUCGAGGAGCGCAAGCGCAUCGACCAACUACGCCGAGAACGCGAUGAAGAGCGCCAGAUGCAAGAAAUUCAGCGCCUCCACGAGGCCUCAGGCAAACCGAAACAACUUAAUCGAGUCGAUUGGAUGUACCAAGCACCUUCUAGUGCAACCGGCCAUUACUCGGAAGAGAUGGAGGGGUACUUGCUUGGCAAGCGCCGUAUUGACGGAAUCCUCUUGAAAAACGAUACCGACAACCAGAAGCUAGAAAAGGGUGCUGAUCUUGCUGGCGCGAAUGCGGUCGCUGCUGCAGCGGCCGGUCCGUCUGUCGGAUCUCAACGUGAUACCAUGGCUAAGGUUAUGGCUGAUCCGCUGUUUGAAGUCAAGAAGCGAGAGCAGGCAGCGUAUGAGGCUAUGGUCAAAGAGGCUGUGCGACGGAAGGAGAGGAGGAGAAACGCAGUGCUCGCGAUGGAGAUAAGGACCGCGCUUCAAAGCGUCGGAGAUACAGUGAUGAUGCUGACAAUGACCGUCGAUCCCACCACCAUCGCUCUUCGCGCCGUCCCCGUUCUAGAUCGCCUGUGCGUUCCAAUCGCGAACAUCGCAGCGAACGUGAUGAUCGCGAUCGUCGGGAUGACGGACACCGUCGAGAGAAUCGUGAUCGUCGGGAUGAUGGGCACCGCAGAGAGUAUCGGGAUCGUCGCGAUGACGGACACCGCAGAGAGCACCGGGAUCGUCGAGAAGACGGACGCCGGGGAGAUGACCGUGAUCGCCGCGACGAACGAGAGAGGAAAGAUUCUUAUACUUGCCGUAGAGUUCGAGAUGACAGGCGUGAGCGUGAUCAAGACAAAGACCGCACCCGAUCUCCACGUCGUUCUCCACCCCGGGAACGCUCUCCAUCUCCACGCCCAACAGAAGAGCGCGGUGCCCGCCGCGAUUAUCCUCGACGAGACUACAACAACGGCCUUCGCCCAACAGCUCGAGAGCGAAGAGGAACGCCGCCGCAAGCUAGCCGAGAUGCAAUCAAAUGCCACCAAUCUCGAAUCAGAUCGUCGCCAACGCAUUGCGGAGAUCACUACGAAGGAAGAGCAGCAGGCAGAAGCAGACGACAAGCAACGCUCAGAACGCGGCCAGUUCAUGUCACAGAUUCACAAGCGUGCGCAGGAAGAUACCCUGGACGAGCGCAUCAAGCGCAGUCGUGGUGGACUGUCCAGGAUGGACGAUGAUUGA